CCCUGCCCCAGCGCCUGAGGUAGCCAUACUUUGCAGCGUGCCUAACCGCUGUCAACAAAAAAAGCCAGUCCAGUGCCCAAAGCUUGCUUGGUGGCUUUGCCUGCCUCGCAGUCCCGUUUCCCCCUCCUUCUCCUUCUCACGCACCCGCACUCUGCUCCGUCAUCAACACCAUCACCAUUCUUCCUCCUCCUUCCCCUCAUCCCUCUCACUCUCUCCAUCCUCUUUUCCGCCCUCUCGAACCUGUUCCAUCGUUUUUUUCCACAAAGGAAACAAAUUAUCGUACAAACAACAACCACCUUCCUUUGCAUUCGACGCUCCUUGGCUCCAAUAUCGAGCUCGCUGAAUCAAGGCCACACAACCCAACCCACCCUCCUUUCUCGUCUAGACCCCACGGCUCCCCGUCACUUUCGCGUGUACGCCACCGUCUUUACAUCACCACACCCGGACUGCCACAGUCUAGAAAAGCCCGACCUUCUGUCGAUUAUAACUAGCACACGACGUGCCCGCUUGUUCCGCUGUCUCGCUUUCGUCUGCCCAUAGCCCACCAUGGAGCAACAGCAGCAGCAACAGCAGCCUGCUAAUCAGCAAGGCCCCCCUCAGGGCCAAACUGGUGGUGUGCAUGGUCCGGCUGGACGGAGACUUCACAUUGCUCACCGAAGGAGCCCUUCCGAGUUGACUCCUUUGAUGAGCAUGUUCGCCAAUCCUGGAAUGGAACAAUUGGCUAUCCAGCAGCAGAUUGAACUCUUGCAGCACCAGCAGCAACAGAUCCAAGCCACCCACCAGCAAUAUGUCAACAUGGGCAUGCUACCUCCCGGUCAGCCCAUUGCGCCUAACGCCGCAUUCAAUCCUUUGCAGCCCAUGGGAAACAUGUCGCAAAAUGCCUUCCAGUUCCCGCAACAAAACGUCAACAUGGGCCCCCCUGCCCAGGUCCCUUCACAUCGCCGUAAUCAGUCGGCAAUGCCCAACAUUGGUAUGGGCCCUCCUCCCGCACCCUCCUCUGGUGCCUCCGGCUCUGCCUUUGGAAACUUCGAAGCCCCUCCUCCCCAUGGCCGCGACAAUGCCGGUGGACGUGGACGUGGUGCACCUCCUGGCGCUGGCCAUCAGCGCCGACACUCUCUUGCUCUAGCCGACGCCAAGAAGGCUGCCGAACUUGCGCAGCAGAAAAGAACAACCGCCGGCUUCCAGUUCCCCGGACCGAACGCCACGACCGAAAAGACGGACGAAGAAAAUACCCCAUCGUCUGGCGAUACCCUUGCUGUUCCGACUGCAGGUCGCGGCCGCGGCGCUCAUGGCCGCAGUCAAAGCAUGGCCGUCAACGGACGUGGUGCUGGUCGCGGAAGUGGUUUGGGUUUCAAUGAUGGAAACGACUUCCAGCGACGCGGCAGCGGCCACAACCGUACUGGUUCCCGCAGCUUCGAGGGUAACUGGCGCAACCCCCAAAACCAGGACCAACCUGCCACCGGUGGCCAGAGCCAGUCAUUCCAGCCCGGCCAUCGCUCGCGCGCUUCUAUGAACCAGUCUAUUUCCUCGAUUGGUUCCUUCCAAUAUAACCCUGGCCAGGGCCAAGGCCUCCAGAUGCCCGGCCAAAUGAUGAUUCCACAAAUGUAUGGCCAGCAGCUCAACCCUGUCCAGAUUGGCCAGCUUCAAGCUCUCCAGGCUGCUCAGCUCGGUGGGCAACAGUUCCCUGGCAUGCAAAACCAGCAGCAACCUGGUGGUCAGCAGCAACAGCAGCGCAAGACUCUCUUCACCCCAUACCUUCCCCAGGCUUCGCUCCCCGCCCUGCUUGGCGAUGGCCAGCUCGUUUCUGGUAUCCUCCGCGUGAACAAGAAGAACCGAAGUGACGCCUAUGUUACCACUGUUGACGGACUUCUCGAUGCUGACAUCUUUAUUUGCGGUAGCAAGGACCGUAACCGUGCUCUUGAGGGCGAUUUGGUUGCUGUUGAGCUUCUUGAUGUCGAUGAGGUCUGGUCUCAGAAGCGCGAGAAGGAAGAGAAGAAGAAGCGCAAGGAUAUUACUGAUACCCGAUCCGGAUCGACUAACCAAGGCAGCCAAAACGGAGGCCGUGGUGACGACAACGGUGCCUCCGAAGGCGGUAUCCGCCGUCGCGGUUCCCUACGCCAGCGACCUACCCAGAAGAAGAACGACGAUGUUGAAGUCGAAGGACAGAGCUUGCUUCUUGUUGAGGAAGAGGAAAUCAAUGACGAACAAAAGCCGCUUUACGCUGGCCACAUUGUCGCUGUUGUUGAGCGUGUCGCCGGACAAAUGUUUUCUGGUACCCUCGGAUUGUUGCGCCCCAGCAGUCAGGCUACCAAGGAAAAGCAGGAGGCCGAGAGAGCUGCUCGCGAUGGCGGUAACUCUCGCAACGACAACCGCCAGCAGGAGAAGCCCAAGAUUGUGUGGUUCAAGCCUACUGACAAGCGUGUUCCUCUGAUUGCUAUUCCUACUGAGCAGGCACCACGCGACUUUGUUGAGAAGCACCAAGACUAUGCUGACCGCAUCUUUGUUGCUUGCAUCAAGCGCUGGCCGAUUACCUCCCUCCACCCCUUUGGUACUCUUGUUGAGCAGCUCGGCCGCAUGGGCGAUCUCAAGGUCGAGACUGAUGCCCUGCUGCGCGACAACAACUUUUCUUCUGAUGAGUUCUCUGACGCUGUUUUGCGCAGUGUUGGCCUUCAGGAAUGGUCUCUCGCCAAGGAAGAGGAGGGCUCCAUUGACGCUCGCCGUGAUUACCGUGAGGAGAAGAUCUUCACCAUUGACUUCAACGGUGGUGCUGAACUGGGUAAUGCUAUUCAUUUCACACCUCGCUCUGAUGGAAAGAUCGACAUUGGUAUUCACGUUCCCGAUGUUACCCACUUUGUCAAACCCAACUCCCUGGUCGAUCGUGAGGCUAAGAAGCGCGGAACCUCUGUUCAACUUGUUGAUAGAUUCUGUGCUCUCUUGCCACCCAAGCUCUCUGACGAAGUUUGCUCCCUGGUUCCUGAUGAGGAGCGCCUUACUGUCAGUGUUGUCUUUACUGUUAACCCCCAGAACGGCGCUGUGCUCGAAGGUGACACCUGGGUUGGAAAGAGUAUUAUCAAGAGCAAUGGCAAGGUUUCCCUCAAGGACAUUGACGCCGCGCUUGAGGACCCAUCAUCCUUCAAGGACGGCCCUGUCCCUGUCACUACUCUGCAGCUUAUUCAGGGUGUUGCCCAGAAGUUCCGCGAGGCCCGCGUUGGUGCUGGCGGCGAACCCAUUGCUCCUCUUCGUCUCUUCCAGCAGCUGGAUGAAGAGAACAACCCUGUUCUUGACAACAUCUUUGAUUCUACUCCUGCUCUGGAGAUGGUUGAGGAGCUUUGCCACCGUGCAAACUCGUACGUUGCCCAGCGCCUUGUCGAGGGUCUCCCCGAAAAGGCCUUGCUCCGUCGCCAAGCUGCACCCAACCCUCGCCGUCUGCAGACCUUUGUUGACCGCAUGAACGCUCUUGGCUACGAUGUCGAUGCUUCUAGCAGCGGCGCUCUCCAGAACAGUCUCUUCAAGGUUGAUGACACUGAUCUCCGCAAGGGUAUGGAAACUGUGGUGCUCAAGUCGAUGCAGCGUGCCAAGUACUUUGUUGCUUCCAAGACUCCCAAGUCGAUUUGGACUCACUACUGCUUGAACGCUCCCGUCUACACUCACUUUACCAGCCCGACCCGUCGCUACGCGGACAUUGUUGUCCAUCGUCAGCUCGAAGCUGUCCUCUCUGAGGGCAAGAUUGAGUACACUGAGGACAUGGAGAACUUGGUCAAGGCUGUGGAAGCUCUCAACACGAAGAAGGAAUGUGCCCAAAACGCCCAGGAGCAGAGCGUCCACAUCGAGUCUUGCCGCACCAUGGACAAGAAGCGCCAGGAAUCUAACGGCGACCUCAUCACCGAAGGUAUUGUCUUGUGCGUCUACGAGUCUGCCUUUGAUGUCUUGAUUCCCGAGUGGGGCUUUGAGAAGAGAGUCCACUGCGACCAGCUUCCUCUGAAGAAGGCUGAAUUCAGAAAGGAGAAGCGCGUCCUCGAAUUGUACUGGGAGAAGGGUGUUCCCAGCAGUGCAUACGUGCCCGAGGAUGAGCGUCCUAAGCCUGCUGCUUCCCAGCGCAUGACCAACGCCAUGGCUGCUGCCAAGCAAGCUGAGGCUGCCGAUAAGGCCAAGAAGGACCGCGAGGAGGCUGCUCGCAAGCAGACUGAAACUGGCACCAUGUCCACUGACGACGUUGAUGCUCUGUUUGACGACGACGACGAGGACAACGCCUCUGAGCUUACUGAAGCCAUGGCUGGCGCAUCCCUGGCAGAGCGUCCUACCCAGAGCGUUCCUAGCUCACCAGCUCGCUCUGGCACUGCUGCCGGUGACCUGCAGCGUGCUCGUUCGGAUUCCCGUGUGCCUGCCCCCGAGGCUGUUGAGGCUCGCAUGAACAACAAGGAGAAGUACAUGAAAAUGUUUUCUCUGCGUGAGGAGGACGGCGAAUACAUUCAGGAUGUUACUGAGAUGACAAGAGUGCCCAUUAUUCUCAAGACGGACUUGAGCAAGAGCCCACCUUGCUUGACCAUCCGCUCUGUCAACCCUUAUGCCCUGUAAAAGCGUAGGACGAAACGCUUGAAAGUGGAAUAGCAUGGAGGUAACAUGAAUGACGCAGAAAUGUUGCGCAUGUAAUAUGCCAGGUGCGUUGAAAGACGCGAGGCAGUGAUGGAAGAACAUAUGAGCAGCGACUAGUUGCAUAUAUACGCUGGAGUAUUGUUUUGAUGGGAAGAAGUGGAGGAAUGAGAAUGCAAAGUUGCAGCGAGUAAAUGGCCAUUAGCAAAACAUAGCCUAUAGAAGGCGAAGUGGCGCAAAGGGCAAUCGCAGGGCAGCGCAACAGAGUUAGCAUGGCGCUGUAUUUGCAAAUAUUUAUUGUCUAAAGUUGAACAAACUAGCCCUAGCGCAGAAAAAAUACCUAAUCUUUUUUUUAACAAGUUGAAU